AUGCAAUGGAAUCGUAUUCCUCGUUUUCUUAUUUUUUAUUCAAUAAUUCUUGGAUACUCUGGUAUAACAAAAAGUGGUUCUGUACGUGAAUAUCGAGAAGCUUUAGAAGAACUACAUGAGUUUCUCGUUGCAAAUAAUAUUGGAAAUCCAAACGCUAAUAAUUCUAUUCUUAAUAAAUUUACUAAAGCUGCAUUUAUGGACCAGGUUUGA